GCGGAGGCGAGAAGCGCAACGGAAGCACUGCUCCACCCGACAACCUUUCCGCGUGGGAUUUUAAAGACGGGCGAGGGAGGGGAGUGUAGAAGGCGGCGCCUAAAGCGAAGUGGCGCGGGGCGGUGUCCUUCUCAAUUGCCCCUUUUCUUGGCUGCCUUCUCCGAGCCUGCGGUGCCGCUGCUACUAGUGGCCGGACUUUCUGGUCUGAGGAGUGGGGAAGCACCUGCAGCCCGCCGCCGAAAGGGUGCAGCCUUGUCAGAGCCCCGGCCUUCCGUCUGUCCAUCCGCGGGGAAGCGGGAAAGUCUGUUUUGGUUCUUUUCCGAUGCGCCCACUGACAGCGCGAGGUGACAGAGCUCUCCAGGGUUCGCAAGAAGAGUUGCUUGAAAGUGGAGACCAGCCUCAACUAUAAAGAAUCUACCAUUUCUUUGAAAAGGCUAGGCACCCCCAUGAACGUAGCAAAUGUAUCAGGAAAUGGCACUGCUCCCUGGGAACACAGAUCCCGAAUUCACCUCAUACUCUUACAACAACUUGGAGACACUUUGCGAAGUACAGACAAAGAAAGGAUUCUUCUACAAAAAAGCCAAGCUUCUGCAUCCUGGGGAAGACUUGUGUUGUACUGCUCACCGGGAAGACCGAACUGGGUAUGCAAUCAUCAAUGUAGGUGGCAUCAAAUACAGAAUUCCAUGGACCACAUUAGAGAACUGCCCCUUGACCAGGCUUGGGAAGUUAAAGUCAUGCAACAAUUAUGAUGAGAUCAUGGAUAUCUGUGAUGAUUAUGAUGUCAAUUGCAAUGAGUUUUUUUUUGACCGCAACCCUUGUGCCUUCAGGACCAUCAUGACUUUUUUAACAGCUGGGAAGCUAAGACUCCUCAGAGAAAUGUGUGCCCUCUCUUUUCAAGAUGAGCUGGUUUACUGGGGGAUAGAAGAGGAACACCUGGAGUGGUGCUGUAAAAAAAGACUGCGACAGAAAGAGGAAGAGAUGGCGGAGGCUGAACUGUUUGAAGAUGAAAUGGUAUCUAAUGAAGAGCCACAAUGUGCCUUCGAGGACAGCAGCCGUUUGCAUUUCUGCAUGAGAAAGCUCAGGGAUAUGGUGGAAAAUCCUCACUCGGGGAUCCCUGGAAAGAUCUUUGCUUGCAUAUCUGUUUCCUUUGUUGCCAUCACUGCAGUUAGUAUCUGUAUCAGCACCAUGCCAGAUCUCAGAGAAGAAGAAGAUCGGGGUGAAUGUUCCCAGAAGUGCCAUGACAUCUUUGUGCUGGAGACUGUCUGUGUAGCUUGGUUUUCCUUUGAGUUCAUCUUGCGCUCCAUCCAGGCAGAGAGCAAGUGCGCCUUCUUGAAGACUCCACUCAACAUUAUAGACAUCGUGGCCAUCUUGCCUUUCUACAUCUCUUUGAUUGUAGAUAUGGCAUCUACCAAAAACACCAACAAACCUGGGGGUGGUGGGGGAGGAGUUGGAAAUAAAUACCUAGAGAGAGUGGGUCUGGUUCUCCGCACUUUGCGAGCCCUUCGUAUUCUGUAUGUCAUGCGGUUAGCCCGGCAUUCACUGGGGCUGCAGACUCUGGGACUUACUGUACGCCGUUGCACACGGGAAUUUGGACUCCUCCUCCUUUUCCUUUGUGUUGCUAUGGCACUUUAUUCCCCCCUGGUUUACUUGGCAGAGAGUGAACUGGGAGCCAAACAGGAGUUCACUAGUGUUCCCAGCAGUUACUGGUGGGCUGUAAUAUCCAUGACAACUGUUGGGUAUGGUGACAUGGUACCUCGUAGCAUUCCUGGACAGAUAGUAGCUCUGAGCAGUAUCUUGAGUGGCAUUUUGCUUAUGGCGUUCCCUGUCACAUCCAUAUUCCACACUUUUUCCCGCUCCUACAUAGAGCUUAAAGAACAACAGCAGCGAGUUGCUAGCAGACAGCUUCAUCAGGUAGAAGAAAGCAGCAAAACUCCAGAUAACAGUUCUCAGGAAGGAGACUCCACAUGUUCACAAGGGAUUGAGCAGGGAACUAAGAGUUGCUGACUGGAGCCAAACUAAAGUAUUGCAGCCAUAUGAUGGGAAAAGUGGAUGAGUGGAUAUUUUAUAUAUCUGAACUGCCCAUAUUAGGGUAUUAAGCCACACACAGUGAUGGAGAAAGACUGCCUUUUAAGCAAUGACUUAAGUGACCAAUCAAGUCUCUUAAAAUAAUGCUGAGGACAAUUCAGUUGCAUCAUCCUUAGAAAACAAGAGACUGUUCAGCACUAAAAAUGCUGCUAUUUGAUCUUAAAAGCAGUUGAAGACAGGUUUCCACUGUGCACAUGGGGGGAAAUAACUGCUAAAACAGUUGUAUGUUUUUAACUAAGUGCCCAAAAUUCAGGGUAAAGUACAUCUGCCAUUGACUAUACAUAAGAGUGGAAACAAGAGAGAUUGCACAAGAAUCCUUUUUCCUAAAACCUGUACCAGUGAUGGAGUCAUGUUGUAAACAGUCAUGGAGUAUUGCACAGAAAGGGUAAAAGGUACAUUUGGAAGUAUGGGGAUAAAAGUCCAUUUCUGACAAAUGUAUCCCUAGUUUAUCUUUCUGUUUAGUUUUUUUCUUCAAUAAAAAGAAAAUCAAUAAUCACAA